GCUGUGCAGACACAAGUGUUAGUGACAGUAACUGAAACGACAACAUAGAAGGUCGUCAAACACGAAGUCAGGAAGGAAGGUCACAUGGGCAAGCAGGGCCGGCGACUGGCUUGCUUGGCUCGUGACGGAGACGUGGCAGGCGUAAAAGCCCUCCUGAACACGAUUUUAAGCCCUGCGUUUGUGGACGACGUGAAAGUAGGGGGAAGGUCUCCUCUCCACCACGCCUCCUUCGCUGGCCACGCCCACAUUGUCCAACUCCUCCUUCGGUCGGGCGCCAGCAAGGAACUGCCGAGCAACCACUUUUGGGAUCGAGGUCGCCACGCCCUUCACUUGGCGGCAUUCGGAGGCCACACAGAAGUAAUCAAGACCCUGUUGCAGGCCGGGGCAGAUGUGGAAGCCUGUGACAGUGAUGGAUGGCGGGCGGUGCACAUCAGCGCCGCGAGAGGCCACCUGCUGGUGCUGAGCCAGCUGGAGGAGGCAGGGGCGUCCUUGGGGAGCCAGAACCACCACCUGUCGACGCCGCUGCACCUGGCCGCCGCGCAUGGCCAGAAGAGGGUCGUGCUGUGGCUCCUGCAGUACUGUUUCUCCAGCCACGCCAUCGGGGACCUCCUCCACAGGAUCCCCAAGCAGGUGUCCAAAAGCAAAUCCGUGGGCCACAUCCUCGAAAGAAUACCAACCUGUCCAGCUGACUACUCACGUGAUAUAUUAGAAAGAAGGAAAACGAUGCUCAUAGAAAACGGGAAGUGGGCCAUCUACUACGCCCGCAAGAAUAACGAAAAAACGGUCGUGAAAUGGCUUCUGCAAAACCCCCACCUCCUCCACUAUCAAGACGAAGCUGGGUGGACACUGUUGCACCACGCUGCUUAUAGUGACAGUCUGGCGGUCAUAAAAGUACUCAUUUUCUUGGGUGCCCUGCGGUGUGCCAGGACAUUCCGAGGUCAAACACCUGUUGACAUCGCGCGGAGGAAAGGUCACAGUCAGCAGACGAUCAAAGCCUUAGAAUUUACAUCUCAAGAUCUGAAGGAUACAGCAUCACUGAAGAUGUAUCAGCGAAUGCUCUUGGAAGUGGGAGGAGCCAGCUCGAAAAAGGGCGGAGCUUCCAGUCAAGCGAGCGGAGAUAUUGCGGAGUUGGAGGCAGUGACUCGUAUGAAAAGACGAGAACUCUGCGAAUCCUUUAACAAACUCACUGAGACAGGCCUGUUGCAGGUUAGGGAGGCACUUGAGAAAGGCGCCCCAGUCGAGUGCCCAAAAGGAGGCGUCGCCUUGACACAGAUGGCACUGAGACGCAAAGACGCGAGGAUGCUGAGUCUCCUCCUGGCGGCGGGAGCAUCGCCUCUGGCAAUUUCGUCGGGCGGCGACGAGAAGGGCACCAAUCUCCUGCAGAGGGCUUGGCUGAGCGCCGACGCAGCCUGCAACACAGCUAUUUAUCUGGCCGCGGCACUUAGCAACCGAAUGAACUGGGAAAUGAAUCAAAUCCAAGACAAAACAGAUGACGACGGUACUCUACACCUGGCAAUUCACUACAUCUUCAAGCAACUGAACGAUGCAGCUCCUUGGAAGGCUAAAUGGCCCUUCUGGAGUACCUCUGGCGACUCCCACAAGGAAAAUAACAUCUUAUUGAGGGCUGCUAGGUGGGACGCAACUGCCUCGGCGAAAUUCCUGCUGGCUGCGGGGGCUCAAGUCGACUACCAGGACGGGGAACUGCAGACAGCUGCACACGUUGCAAUAAGGGCUGGCAACCUGGACACAGCGAGAAUUCUCCUGACGACACUCGGAGGAAAUGCCUUUUUGGUGGACGCGACGGGUCGGAGCCCUUUGGAUCUGGCUCCUCCCCUUUUAUGGAACACUGUUGCUCAGUUCUGUGCCCUUCGAGAGUACCGUAUACUAGAGAGUACCCUGAGGAAGGCCCCCUCUCACCAGCGCUACCAGAUGCAGUGCGUCGUCCUCCUCUUCGCCUCCAUGUAUACGCAGCUGAGAGCUUAUCGCAAUGGGAGCACUGAUAAUAUAUGGCACAUCUUAUAUUUAGCUCUUAUUGAGGUUCUGGAUCGAGGUUUAGCAGCUGAGCAGUGUCCGAGGAGCGCGGGAGAUACGGAUGGCUGGUUGGAAAACUUUCUUUGGACAUUGUGCGAAGAAAACGGAGUUGCUUGUGAUUCGCUCCAAGAAGAAACUCACGUUGGAGAUGAGCUGUAUUUCGAGUCUCUGCUUGAAAUGUUAAAGGGGGACAAAUUCGACUGGAAAGGCAAAACGUCACAGGGAAAGAGAUAUUAAAG